CUGAGGAAGAUCCCCGGCCCAUUGCUGGCUCGGGUCACGCGCUGGUGGGAGUACCGCUUGGUGAGCAAAGGCGACUCAAACCUGGAAUACAUUCGCCUGCACCAGAAAUACGGCCCAGUUGUCCGAGUCGGACCGAAUCGCUACAGCAUCAGUCAACCAAAAGAUGUCAAGACCAUCUACGAGCUGGGGGGCAAGUUCACCAAGGCCGACUAUUACAAGCCGCUGCUCAACCCCGACCCCGAGAAGCAAAACAUCUUUGUCGUCCUGGACAAUGAUCGACACAAGGAGAAACGAAGAAAGAUCUCGCCUCUGUACACCAUGUCAUCCAUGGUAUCGUACGAACCUGCUGUCGAUGAGAUGACUACUGUUUGCAUCCGAAAGCUGUACCAGUUUGCCAAGGAAGGCCGUCUAAUUGAUAUCCCGCACUGGAUGCAGUACUACGCCUUUGAUGUCAUUGGCGAAAUCACUGUGAGUUCCUCGCAC